UUAAAGCAAAAGGUUAACACAAUUGACUUGCAUUCAUAAAAGAUAGAUAUAAUGGGAAAUAUAUUUUGUUUUUGUAAAAUGUGUAAAACAUACAUGUUUAGUUGCGGAUAAAUGACGUAAAGAAUUUCAUUAUUACAUAACGUGAAGUGUAAAAAUGGAUUUAUAUACAGCACAUAAACUGAAAAAAUAUUACACUUGCAACAACAAAACAUAUUCAUCAGUAAUGUUUUCUCUUGUGUUGAUUCUUGCACUUAUUCUUAUACAUAGUUGCAUUGUUCUGUCUAGAGAUGUUACCAACAAGCUUAUUAAACUGAGAAGAGAAGAAAGCAUUAUGCACCUCCCGUCGAAACAAUACUUACCUGAGCUGAGGACUGAUGGCAAUAAUACAUAUAUGCACCGCCCGUCAACCGGAUCCCCGCUUGUGCUGAGAAAUUAUGAAGAUGCAAACGGCCCGUCUAUUGGAUCCCGGCAUGAACUGAGAAACGAUAACAAUUUCAACGGCCCAUCAACACGGCCACUAUCUAAGCUUAAAAGUGAGGACAACAAUAUGAACAGCCCAACAACAGCAUCCAACCAGAACCAUAGUUUUCAAACGGCUAUUACAAGAAAUGCUGAGAGACAGAAAAAUCUUCAACAGCGAUGCAGCAUUUUUAGUCAAAAAGAAAGAAGUAAUGUUUCAAAAUGGCAGAGGCAGGAGUUUUUUAAAAAGGAACAUAUUAGAAUUCUGACCAAUCCACAUGUAUCCGUUGCCUAUUGCCGUGUAAAUAAAGCUGCUUCAUGGUAUACUAUCAACACACUUGGUGAAAUUCUUAACUGCACGGAGGAAUGUUUACGUAGUUUUUCUGAAAGAAUCCGCAUGUUACCAUAUGAACGUAAAAAAGAGGCACUCAGUAAUGCUUACAAAUUUAUGUUUGUUAGGGAACCAUAUGGGCGAUUAUUUUCGACAUACUGUAAUAAGUUUUAUUUCCCAAAAGGCAAUUGGGAUCCAAUAGGAAAAGAUAUUGUUAAAAGAUUCAGAGAGGAUCCGUCAGAAGACAGUUUAAUGUACGGACAUGAUGUAACAUUUGCUGAACUUAUACGAUAUACUAUUGAAGACUUUGAAGCUGGUAACAAAAUGGAUGCGCAUAUAAGACCCAUGCAUACCAACUGUAAACCUUGUGACUAUGAUUAUGAUUUUAUAGGAAAAUUAGAAACAAUGAAAUCAGACUGGAAAUACCUAACCCAAGAGUGGAAAUCAAGGAACAUCACAAUAAAUAUUCCAGCUGAUAUCGGCGAAAAAUCAAAAUAUAUAUUCAGUGAAAUGAGUCAUCUGCUUCUAACUUUGAAAAGAAUAAAAGAUUCGAAUAUAAAGCUAUAUGACCUUUACCAAAGAGCAUGGAAUUACUACCAGAUAACUUCAGUUAUAUCUAAACGUAAUAAUAUGCCAUUGUCAAGAUCUGAUAACAGAGCUUUUGGUUAUUAUUCACUUCUUUAUCACCUGAAACGUGCUAGCGUUUAUUCAAAACAAUAUUCCACUGAAAUGAAAGCCCAAAGACAUGAAGCAAUGUUACAAGCAUAUUCUACCGUGCCUUCGGAAGAUUUAGAAAGAUUGAAAAGUGUAGUCAAGGAAGACUGCCUGCUGUUUGGUUAUGAUGACAGUCCAGAAUGGCUGUUUGGAAGAAAGAUCGUCUAUAAUAAGUCAGCUUCAUUUGAUUACUUUAGCGGUAUAAAUGGAGACAAAACUAUUUAACAAAAUGACAAAAUGUUAUCGAUUUAGCAUAAAAAACAAAGACAAAUAUCAAACAGGGAAGGCCACGCACCAAAAACGCAGCCUCCUCAAAACGAAACCCACAGCACGCAGACGCGUGCACCACACGCACACAUACACACACACAGCCAACACAUUAGAACAAAACGAACAAACAAAGGAACACACACACACACACACACACACACACACACACACACACACAAAGCCAACACAUCAGGACAAAAAGAACAAACAAAGGAACACAGUGGGGCACCGCCUUGGAACGGUCAGUGGCAAAAACGCCACUGGGGAACUUAAACCGGUUUAUGGUGCGCACCCAACCUCACUCUUACCCCCCAUCAUAUUCCAAAGACACGGGACAGUGUAAAUAAAAGUAAUCCCCUCCAGGUGAAUCUCUAACACAAGUAAUGGAAACAAAAAGGCAUGGCAUGUAAACCACAAAAAUGUUUAUGUAUAAAAAUAUAAAAAGCAAACCUUUAGAACCAAAAACGUAUGUACUCAAUGCCUUUUCAGAAGACAGAGCAACAAGAGAAACACCCUUAAGGGCCCGACGAAACAGGCCAGAAGAGUUCAGUCCUGGUAGGAUUUAAAAACUGCUUAUCAUAGAGUCCUCCCCCUCCUCCGUCAGACACAAUAAAAGAGGGAAGCGUAAUGUCCAACUGUAAACGGGUUGAACACUAAACAUGCGGUAUGUCUCAAAACAGCCGGGCCGCAACCUCCCUCAACAAAACGCUCCACAACCCUACCAAACACACCCGGAAAACCACAAUGACCCAAGACCCCACGAAGUUUGUAAACCAUACCCCCACAACAAACGGGCCCAGAAACACCCCAGCAGAAGCGCCCCUAAAUCACCAUCGAACUCCAAAACCAAACCAGAAUCACGACAGCAAAACUCAGCAAAACACAUAUUUGUGUGGUUGAGAUCUCUUGGUAUUUAAAAGUGCGUUAGCGGAGUUCUUCAAAUUGUCCCGGUCAUUUCUGUUCAUAUAGUUAUGGUUUACAGGCGUUUAGGAAUGACAAAUGCGAUGUCAUUUUUAAAAGGAGUGUACUUUACAUUGGCACUGGACUGAGUUAAUGUACUUUUAUGAUUAAUACUGUUUUAUUUACAUAUCACACGUUAAAGGAAACCUGUUAACAAAAGUUAACAAGGAUUUAAUUGAUAAAUGACAUUAUUUUUAAUACCAUCUUCACAGUUAAAACGGUAUUUACAUUCUAGAGUUAAUUAGUUUAGUGUGAAGACAUGCACGUGUUUUAUGAAAUUAUCCAAUAGUGCAUACAUCCAUCGUCUGUAAAUGUUACACAGAACGUUUGGUAAAAGCAACGUGCGUGGUUCAUUCUCUCUUAUCUGCUACUAUACGGCGAGGGCCUCACAUGUUGUUACAAAACAAAAUUGAAUAUACCGGGAAAUGAUCCCGUGAUCAGUUAUUAGAUUUCAACCACCUAAAAUUAAUAACAAAAAGAUACAAAAACAUACGAAAAUGUAUUUUAAUAGACAAUAUACGAAACAGUAUCUUAAUAAACAAUAUAAGAAAACGUAUGUCCGUAAACAAUCCUAACAACGUGUACGAACGUGGUUGAAAAGUGUGAGAAGUAAACGAUUUGAAUACGAAAUUAACGAAUACAAAUACCGCUAUUUUAAUUUAUACCUUAUCUUCAGUAAAUGUUUUCAAUAUGCAAAAAUUUGCUACGUUUAACGUUUUUGUAAGAUGUAAAAUGCCAGACAAUAUUUCAUCACUGGAUAUACUAACGGGGAGUGUCGGAUAUUCAGAUGAUCUUACUUUUACGAUCAAACUGUAAAGUAUUACGUUAUACAUAAUGUAUUACGUUGAAUGAAGUAUUAUUCUAUAUCUAUUUUAUCUAUCCAAUCGCGAACGUUCAUUUGCAACACGUGACCGUACAAUAUAUUACGGUAUUUGGAUGCACGUGCGUACAAAAACCCUGUAUUUUCUGUAUUUGGACGCACGCGCAUACAAAAAAUCCUGUAUUUUCUGUAUUGGACGGUUCAACAGUCCCAUGUUAAACAAACGAUAAAGCCCGAAACGCGUGAAUAUGUUCCGAAUGUAAAUCGGAUGAAGAAGGCGCUCUAUGUAUAGAGCUUGAUUAUGCGUCUUGAAAUCUGGAUUUAAUUUGAAUACACACAAAAACGAUUCAAGUGAUAACAAUGCUAUCUGAUUUAGAUAUUAAAACGUUCGUUAAUAAUCAAAAACUUAAAAAUUCAGUAAAAAAGAUAAUCAGAUUUGGAAUAUUUGAAAAGUCGCUAAAAGAAGCCGUUCCGGACGAAACCUAGAAAUUGCAAGAUAUCAGCCCUGACUGUCUGAAUAGCUACCUCAGCAGGUUUUAUUGGUUAAGAAACAAAAUGUAGAAGAUUAUGAAUGGCAGCGGACGGGCGGUCAGCAUCCAAAACAUGUCUGCUCUCUAAUUCAGUUUUCGUCUGAUCUUCACCAAACUUGCUGACAAUGUUUGUGAGCAUAACAUCUCGGCCAAUUUCGAUAACCAGCCAAAUUAUACCAGGCACUCUUUGACUAUAGUCCUUGAAUUACUCGGGAAACGGGGAAUUUAGUCUUGUCCGCUCUCUUAAGUCGAACAGUUUUCAUCCGAUCUUUACCAAACUUGUUGGCAAUGUUUGUGGGCAUAAUAUCUCAGCCAAGUAUUAUUACCACCCAAAUCGCCAAAUGGCUGUUGUAGGGAGGUCGCACCAUAUACUUUUUUUAAUAAUGAUACGCAGAAAAAAACAUUCAAUGUAUUACGUAUAUUACGUAUGAAGUGAAAUAAAUAUAGAAUAAAAAGGUUAUAUAAGGCCUAACAUUGUUCUGUAUAAUAAUUAUAUAUUUGCACACAUACCAAGCUGGGAAAAACUAGAAAAGGCAGGAAUACAAUAUUCAGUGAAACAUUCUUAAUUUUAACUAUUAUUAUAGUAAGAUAAAAUAGAUAUAGAAUUAAAAGGUUAUUUAACAUUGUACUGUACAAUACGAGAUAUAUUUCCGUAUUGUACAGAACAAUGUUAAAUAACCUAAUAAUAUCUGAAUUAUUGAUUUUAGAUAUCCAGCAUUUUAACAAUUUCACAAUGACUAUUAUAUGCUGGUACAAGACUUUUCAGUUUUCUAAUGGGGGCCAUUGAAUUUGAGAACGGAAAAAUGUGCAGCCUUUUUAAGGGUGGAUUUUAUUAUUUUUCCAUCUUUUUCUUUUCAAACAUAACUAAAAGAGCUCACAGUUACGUUAUUCAUAAGGAGUGUUACCUGCAAAAGCGACGCACUGUUGUGUAAGCUGGACUUCAUUUAAAAUAUUCAAGUUUAUACGUUAUAUGCUUACCCAAAUUAGUAAAGCCAAUGACUCGGAGGAGGUCUGCCCCCAGACAUGUGGCAUGCCAGGCCCACCGGUGUGUGGACACGCCCUGAUGCCUAUGACAGACCCCCAGCUAUGGGACAAAUAGCUCCUGUGUUCCCAGGAUAGGGUUUUAACUCGGAACUAAGGGUGAGGUAACCCUGAAAGAAACCUAGAGAGUUGAAGACAGAGGUGCUGGGCCAUUGGCACUCUCUUAACAAACCACAGCACCAUGCAAUAUCGCUAUGUCUACACAGCCAUCCGGUUUUAAACAUAGUGGUGCUGCGAAUGACAAGAAGAAGAAGAUGUAAAGCCAACUGUCAUCUUGCUGAUUUCCGAUUUCAAAAGCUCUCUACACAAUUUGUUCUUGGGUGUACAAUCCUUGAAUGAAAUGCUGUAGAGUGUUUUCUAUAAUUUCUUUUUUCUCUUUGGAACCAUAAGAUAUGGCUCGUUUAUUUUUAACAAACACACACACACACACACACACACACACACACACACACAUAUAUAUAUAUAUAUCUAACUAAAUAGAUAGUAUUAUUUUCAAAUAUACAUGACGGCAUUCGUGACGUUAAUUAAUUGAUGUACAAUAAGUGUUAUGUUAUUAUAACUUAAUGUAGUCCAUACUUGACUAACAAAUAUAAGAAACAAGGACUUCAAGUACAAAGUAAUCAGACGUUAGACUGAACAAUAUUGUAGAUUCUAUUAGAUUUUAAAAUACAAAUAGAAGUACUGAAAAAAACAUUAAUGCGUCUGUUACAGAAAGUCUUUACAUUAAAGACAUUCACGACGCAAGUUAUGUUUCUUUUUACCGACAGUAAGGACAUCAGAUUAAGUUAUCUAUUGUCGAAAUCGGAAUAAUAGAGUUACAUGUUGUGCACAAUUGCUAUGUGUCAGUACCUAUAAUAUACUUUAUUUCUUAUCAGUAUGUGCUUCUUUCAAAUACUUGAUAAAUUUAUUCAGAAUGGGAUGAUUGUACUUCUUAUUCUCAUAAUAAUUUUCCAAGACUAAAAAUUCAUUAUACAGUACUUUCUUAUUAUUAAUAAUUCUUGCCCUGCUAUCACUUAUCAUAUAAGAUUUAUUAAUAAUAAAGCCAAUAUGACUUAGAAUAAUAUUUACAUCUUGAUAAGCUGUGAGCUCUGUAUUAUAUCCAACGAUAAGGUAUUCUAAAUCAUCAAAACGUUUACAUAUUUUAAGCUUUUGGAAAAUGGAAUGAAUUACAUCCAAAAGUGGUGUGACAUAUGGACAUAUAAAAAGAAAGCGGUCAAUAGUUUCAACAUUCUGACAGUGAUUACAACAAGGGGAGUCAGAUAUUUCCCAAGUAGAAAGAUUUUCUUUUUUUGCAGUUAUUCUAUGUAAAAGUUUUAAUUUAAACUGUUUCGCUCUAUUGUCUAUGAAAAUCCUAUUUAACAUAAAAUAUACGGAAUUCAAGUUUAUAAACCUAUUAAAUGUCUGUUCCCAAUAUCUAUGAAUAUAUGGUUUUUCACUCCU